UCUUUUUUUUUUGUAGUAAAAAAAAUCUAAUUCUUAAAUACUUAAUUUAAAAUGCAAAUAAUCAUAUAUCACUAUAUAUAUUUGGGUGAUCUUUGGUUUUAGGUACAUAUCUCUGUGGGACUUAUAACGCCGAUAUUUUAAUAUUCUGCUCAUAGCACUUCUCCUGCAUCUGUCUUGCUGUGAAAAUCAUAUUUAUUGUCCCUCCACCAGAUCGGAAGCCACAUUGAGAUUCAGACAGGGCAUCAUUUACGAGACACCCCUUCAGGCAGCCAUUCAGAAGUACUCUAACAUCCAUGAAGCUGUGAAAGCAGGUGAUGUAAAUGAACUUACAAAAAUGGUUAAAUGUGGUGCCAGUGUUAAUGAAAUCAGAGGAAGAGACAAGUUUACUCCAUUGCACACAGCUUGCAAUAUUGGAGCAUUGGAAGUACUUCACUGGUUGAUGUGGAAAAGGGCAGACCCAAAUCUAUGCACACCUCAAGGCUGGACUCCAGCACAUAUUGCAGCUAUAAGAGGAGAAGAUACUUGUCUCCAGGCACUAUCCAAUAAUAAUGUGUCACUCAACGUAAGAGAUAAUUAUGACAGAACACCGUUGCACAUUGCUGCUGCUCAUGGAAACUCAUUUUGCUUGUAUACAAUUCUUAGAAAUGCUACAGAAAUUGAUGCUGAUGACAAAAAUGGCUGGACUGCUAUGCACCAUGCAUCCUUCCAUGGCCACCUCGGUUGUGUACAGACACUGUAUAAAUGGCAUGCAAAAACUGAUGUCACAGAUAAACAGGGAAACACACCAGCACACCUAGCUGCAAUGGAAGGAAACUUACUUUGCCUUAAGUUUCUUGUCUCUUGCAAGAGUGACCCUAAUGAUAUAUUAAAGGCUUGCAAUGAUCUUGGAGAAGUCCCAAAAGAUUUGGCCAGCCAAUUCUACAAAGAAAAUGUUGUUAAUUAUAUUGAAGCCAUUGAAUGGAAAAAAGAACAUCCAGAAAAAUCUGAAAAUUUAUCUUUCCCUGCUCAUGUGGCUGCUUCUAGAGGCAACCUUGAACAUUUGCAAAUGUUGAUAGAAAAUGGUAUUGUGAGCAUCAACGAGUGUGAUAGCAAUGGAUCUACAUUAGCUCAUAAAGCUGCAGGCCAAGGUCAAACUCAUAUAUUGCAGUGGUUAAUUGAAAUGGGUGCUACUGUAUCUAUAAGUAAUCAUGUUGGUGAUUCACCAAAGGAUUUAGCUGAGCGCUUUGCUCAUCUAGCAUGUAUCAAACUGUUACAGGAUGCUUACCCAGAAGAGGAUGAAAUUACUCAAAUGGAUUUAGGUGGUCUCUCUAGGAACUCUACAGCACAAAAUGCAGACAAAAAUGAUCAAGCAUUAGACCGAGCAAAGGAAAAGGUGCAGGACCUUGAAGAAGAGCUGAAUAUAGCUAGAAAGAACUACAGUCAACUUGGUGGCAUGAUUUCAGAGGAACAAAAACAAAGAAAAGACAUACAAGAAAAAAAUCAAACAAUCAAAGAAUUGGAAACUCAGCUUGAGUAUGAGCGGCUACGUCGAGAGAAAUUGGAGGCUCAGGUUGAUGAGUGUCAACAACAGCUCGCUCUAAUUGGAGCCAACUUCUCUUCUGAAGACACAGAUGCAAGUUCUGAUAUCUCAACAAAGCCAUCAAAUCAAGUGCCUACAAAAUAUGCUAAAUCACCAAAGGUCAACCAUAAACAUAAAACUGAAGGUAUAUCCAUUAAGCGAAGUGUCAACAAUGGCAAAAAAGUCAGCUGUUAAGUGACACACUGAUACACACUGUUUACUUAUCCAAUACUUAAUAUAUUCUUAUAUCACUGUAUUUUAUAUCGAUAACAUGGGUUUCAAACUGACAAAUACCAGGCCCACUGAAAUAUUAGUGAAUAUUUUUGGGGCUCCCCUCUUUAUAUAUGAGAACACAAAACUUUUUGUUUGUUUUUUGCCAUGGUGUUGGACAAGUUUUAAGUUUUAAACCAUCUUCAUUUUGUUUGUCUCCUUAUUAAUCCUUAAAGUGUCUCCACUCUCAUUAGAGGAAACACUGUACUAAAGUAAUGAUUUCUUACAUUGCUAUGAAAUCUCAGGAGGAGGAGGAGUGAAAUUCUGAUAUUUCUUUAUUUUGCAAAGGCAUUAAGUUAUUUUGAUGAGUGAAACAGAAAUAUUGUAGUAAGUUAUUGAAGUAGAUUUCAAGUGGGGUUACAACUUUUGUUAGAAGAUUAAUAUAUUUAAUCAACAACAGAUUAGUGAUAUGCACUUAAUAAAAUACUUUUUGCAAUUCAUUAGUAUGCACUAAAUAUCAAGAAUACAGUUUUGCUUCAUUUGUUAGUCAAAAUGAGUUUAUCAGAUUUAAUGACAAAUUCUGUGAGAUAGUAAAUUAUUUUACAAAAAUUAACAUUAUUCCUAAGAUCCUAAUAAAAUGGUGAUUGUACCUCUCUUAAGUAAUAUUUGCACGAAACAGUCUUUUUUAUUAAGCUAUUAAGUUGU